AUGUUAUAAAGAGAUUACAAAUAUAGACACAUAUCGAGUUGGGAUAUCGAAUUGGAUUACACGAAUGCCGGAUAUGCCAGUCGAUUUACUAUUCCCUUUAAAUUGAGUAAUCCAUUGCCCAAUUUUGGAUACCUGAGGAUCAAAUUCCCAUUCGCACUUCAUUACACAAAUACCAACAAUGUGCCUGACAAUGUGGUGGUCACAUUCAAACAAGUAAUCAUGUUAAGGGAUGUAUAAUAGGCAAAAGGAAAUUACCACUGCGGAGAGGAGAAUGAGCAGAGUGCACAAGUGUUUGUCAACAGUGGAGAGAACAAUGCUUAUUACGUGAAUUUCGGAGUGGAAUUAACAUCUAAUGAAUACUAUUAUGUGAUAGUCCAGAUUAGUGGCAAGAAUCUGAACAUCCAGUCAUCUGGAGUGAAGGAACCAAUUCAAUUGACUACAGUUACAUCAAUAUCUGCGAUUGCCAUGAUAAUUGAUUACACUCCCAAUGGAGGAAUCUUUGCCUUGGAUCUGGAACCGAGUUCUGACAUGAGAAGCCAGGUAAGUGAAACUGUGAAUACAAUGAAUCAAAUCUACAAUGUGAUUGUGGGAGUUUAAUUUAAGAAAUAAAUGAAUGAAGGAGCCAGAGUCUAACUGAUCUUCAAAUCUGAUUUUACAUUUGAAGGCACUUGCAAAUUAUAAAAUGAUAUCCCCUAUGAAUGCACCUUGACUUCGUAGAUGGUUGUCUAUUUAAUAAAACAAUACAUCCUGGUGAAUGAUUGGUUCUAUUUCCAAGUGAGUGUCAGAAAUCCUUUGAGAGUCACUCUGCCUACUACUUUAGAAAUCAGAUCAUUGCAACAAUAUUCAAACACCAUCAACGAAAGAACAGUGACUGAUGCUGUAUUCCAAGUCAAACAAGUUUUAUUGUAAACUCAUAAAUUAUACUUGGGUUGGGGUUUAGAAUACUCCUCCAGAUCAUCCUCCUAUUAUCCUUUCCCCAUCAUGGUUUUCAGGGGAGAUGCUAAUGGCAAAUACAAUCCUUAUAAUGCAUUCAAGUGGUAAUUUGCCAUGGCUUCUGAUUUGCCUGAAGAUAUCCAAUUACAAAUUGAAGUGUCCACACCCAUGAAAUUCAAAAGUUAUUUAAUGAGCAUCAAUCACAAUCUACCAUCCUAUCCAGGAAAGGAAAGCAAAUGCAUCUUCAGUAAUUCCAACAAGUUGUCUCAAUCCAAAAUAGUUUGUUACAAUAUUGGAUAACUGUAUUUGUCAACCACUUAUUAUAUUGGAUGCAGAGCUACAUUUCCGUAUGAUCAAUUCAAUCUUCCAUUGGAAUAAUAGUUUGGUUCCAUGAAUAUAUAUACAGUCAGCAAUGGAAUCAAAGAUACUCUGUCAGUCAUUGUUGAAUCAAAUCCAGUCGAAUACAUCCAAACCAAUAAUAAUCCUGAUUGGUUAAACUCUGCCUACGAUGGCACUGUUGUAUCUAGUUAGAAAAUGGACAUAUCCAUUCUAAAUGAUCCUCUCACAAACACACUCGGAAUCAUCCCCAAUCUAGAUGAUGGUGAUAUCGAAUUGAUAAGAUUGAAAUUCAAUUUGGCCAUUAGAAUAGAUAAAAUUAUCACUCCAGCAGUCACUCCUGUCCUUGGAACAUAGUAGCUACCAUAUAGUGCAGGUAUUGUAAUUAUUGCCAAUGAAAAAAUCCUUAUGUCAUCAACAGAUCCAGCCAAUCUUGAAUGUGCAACACUCUCUGGGUCUUAAUUCUUUAAAUACGACUACAAAUCCUCCAACUUAGCUAACUUCUUGGCCAUCACCGUAGCCAGUUCAGAUGCCUAAGGUCUCCUUAACAUGUUUGUUUACAACACCAAUGAACUACAAACUAAAUUCCUCUAAUUCGCAAUCAGCAACCUAUAAGUCAAAUUCCAUGCCUCCUUGUAUCCAGAUGAAUAUCUAUUGGACUUUUACAUUGGGUCAUUCGAUUAAAUUGAAAGUACUUAUCCAAUAUUCAAAUAAUCCUUCCUAACCAAUGCUUACACCAUUACUUCUCCUGCUCCGUCUUACAUAAAAUUAGGCAUAGUCAACUAUUUUUCAAGUUCCUCAUCAGGAAACACUGGGGAUUACUUCCCCACCAUGAUUAGGCUAUCUGGUUACUUCCAAGACACCGAUGUAGAGAAUGCUCAAACGAAGAUUUCCCUAUUCUUUACAAAUCUUCAACCGAUGUACAUUUCCUCUGACUUUGAAAAUGAUAACAGAGUGUAUUGUAAAUAUACUGGAUAAACUUAACCAACCUGUUAAUACUACUCCUCAGGGUUGUUGGCAAAUGGCUAAUCGUAUAUCAAUUACGAGAGAUUGGAUGUGGAGUUUGAAUCUUUGCCAACCAACUCAGCUGAUGCCUUCCAAUUACUGAUCCCUGUAAAGACCUUCGCAUCCAACACUAAGGUGAGCUUCUUCCUCACAGCUGUAGUUGAGAUCAAUAACCUAAUCCAAAUAAGAUCAUCAUUCAGAUUGACUGGUAAGGAUAACAUCAGCAGUGGAUAAUACGCAUUCCCAUUAUCAGUGGCAGGAUUAGGCAAUGGAUUCGCAAGAGCUGGUGUCUCUCCUGCAUUAGAAUCUGAUGGUGUCACUCCAAUCCCAUACUAAUUACAAGUGAGUUCAGCCAUCACAGUAGGCAAGAAUAAUACGGAUCUGACAUUUUUUAUUGGUCACAACGACGUCAGUUUCAUCAAUAUUAACACUGUUGCAAAUGACAAUCAAAAUGGCGGUGGAUUCACUCUGGUCUCCACUCAGCCAUUUUACACCAUUGAUUCCACCAUCAAAGCCCCAAUAUCUGUUGAUGCGUCGAAAGUCUCAGGAUGUGUGACAUUUGAGUAUUUGACUAAGUUCGUUAUAUUUUGUCCCACUGAUAAAACCAGUGAUUCUCCACUAACAACCUUGACAAUCAAAGCAGGCAAUCUACCCUUCAAUAAUGGUGAUAAACUACCUUACAGAACUGUCUAUGCUUGGAGUGACAAAGUGAACGGCCUGGGAGUCUUCAAGGUAGAUACUGAUACCUUGAUCACACUCAAAGGAGUAGUCAAAAUAUUAUAGGUUUCUCCUAAACUUGAGAUUGCGUAGAAACAACAAAGAAUCUAAAUCAAAUUCUAUACUACCAAUCCAAUUCCGAAUCUAGCAACCAUAAGAUUAGAAUUUCUAGAAACAACUCCAACAAUUAAUUUCGAUGCCAUCAACAAAGGAUCUCGAUGUUCAAUUGAAACAGCAUUUUACGGAUUGCUAAGUCACACUUGCACUGUUUCAAGAUCCACUUCAGGUUCCUAUGUGUACUUUUUAUUCAAAAUAAGUAAUUGUGACAGUUGUCCAUGGACAAAUGGGCAAUUUACACUCAACAUUUGGGGAUUGAAUAGUUUGCACACUGGUGCUGUUUCCAAGUCUUAAUUUAACAUAAGAAUAAUGUCAGAAUACUUGAACACCAUCGAUCUGUCCAAGGUUCAAGGGGCUAUUGAAUAUGACGAUAACCCAAAUGUGGCUUAUGUUGCCUUCUUUGGUAAUCCGAAGUUCCAGUUCUACAACAGAAGAGCCAAAGGACAAAUCAGUGUUGACUUCCAAUUUACUCGUAGCAUUUGGAAACAGGAAUAUGUGUUGAUCAAUAUCGGAGGAUUUUUCGAUGACAAUCAAAGGAACCAGAAGAACAUCAUGUGUUAGGUCUAAUAAUAGGGACUGCCCUCAUAUGCUUUUGGACAGGCUGAUUACACCCUGGAUAGAGGGAGUUCAGUAAGUGGAAUCAAGUUGUACCCCAUUGAUGACAUAAUUGGAUCUUAGAUAUUCACUUUGAAGUGUUAUGGCAUGGUCAUACCAUACAGUUUGAAUCCAGAGCCAAUGGAUACCAGUCUUAUCCUGUAGGGGACAUAUCUAAUCAUAUAAUAAUCAGGCACCGUGUCAUUGGACUCAUUGUAUGAUGAAACCAUUCUGCCAAUAAAGAACAUCUAAUUGACUUAGAAACUCAAUAACUUAUGCGGAUCAACCACAGAUUUCUUCAUCAAUGUCACGACUACUUUGAUCGAUGUCAAAUUAGGCACUUCCAUCUUUGUGGUGUUCCCAACUACUUAUCCCUUCAUUGUCUCGAGCAAUCUUACCUAUUGUUCUUUGAAUAAUCUCUUUGUGGCAUGUUCAGUCGAUGUUGAAAACACAGUGAUAUUAGAAAAUUUUGACAUCUCCAUACCAAGAGGGUAAGAGAUGCAAAUCAGAAUUUAUGGUGCUCAGAAUUCAGCCAUUUUCAACGAUCAAGCAAAUGAAAUCUUCGUGGCCUUCACUAAUAAUGUAGAUAUUACAGUCUUGGGUGAAUAUGGUGUGAUCUAUGAUUUAAAUGGAUAGGAUAUGGUCACUACUCCUCCCAAUAACAUUCUAACCCUGUGGAUUGAUACCACCCAAUAAUAUAUCAGGGCUUUCAGUACAAUAACGUUUAAGGUAUCUUUUCCAGCAGGAGCCAUUGAUGUCUCCAAUUUAAUCUAAGUCGAUUUCCCACCUGCUUGGGACAUGAUCAUAAAUUACAAACUACCCACUUGUUCCCUCUAUGAUCAAAACAAUCAGACCAAUUAUGCAAAGUCGUGUAUAAAUUUUGGAAACAGAGUUACCAUUUCAAUUAAACAAAGCGAUUACAUUGGCUCAUAGUAUUAUUACCUGAUCUUAGGCAAUGUGCGUAAUCCAGAUUAUGCCGUUUGUGGUAUCAACAUGUGGACAAUCACUGUUUUGAAUUCAACAUAUGUGUUUGGCAGAUCCCAUGCUCCCAACUUCAAUAUCCCCAUCUUUCCAUUUAUUUCCAAUCCAAAUCAAGUGACACUUAAAUGGAUCGACAUGAACACUCGACAAAGUAUUAGGACAUUGUAAGUAAAGACAGGGAUAUUUGAUCAAGUGAUAGGAUUAGCUUCUGAUGCAGGUUUAUUUCUGCGUACAUUCCAAAUCUAUUGUGACAAUCCUUACUUUAUAGCCAAUCCCACUAAUACCAUUGCCCCCAUGGGUUAAGCUUAUACAACCUUUUCAAUAGCAGGUACAAGCAAAGCACCUCAAGGAUUGCAAUUGAUUGAAUUUGCAAAAACAGAUGAUUUUGAUAAACAUACUCAAUUGCCGUUUCUUAGAGUGUUCUUGUCAUAAAAGUCUUGUAUUUUGAACACUGAAAUGAGUCUUUAUUAAUUGACUCUCGGAGGUCAAGCACUACCCAUAUUGUUCAAUCUCACAGAGUGCCAACCAGCAUCAAAUCUUCGUAUUGAGGCAUCAUCAGACACAGACAAAAUAUAUUUCAAGAGUAAAUCAUCGAUUACGUUUGGUCUGAAUCAAAAAGUAGGAGCCUUUCUUUUAGCAUCCGAAGACAGUGGAAUAAGUGUAGGUGAUUCAGGAUUGAUUACAUUCCAAGUGUCAGGAUCAUAUUAAAAAUAUUAUACAACUGUAGAUCCUAUCAGUUACAGAAUUAUUGAUAUUAAUAAAAAGAGACCAACAUCGAGUCUCUACAGUGUGGAUCGAGGAUCCAACUAUGUCAAAUUCAUGGUGUCUUGUAAUCAAUAUGCAGUUGUUUAUUAUUACAUUUCAAUAAAAGGAUCUGAAAUUUUAUACUCAGAAGAAAUCUAAGCAAGAACAUUUCUUUGGACUGAACCAUCCAUAGAUGAUUAUUAUCAUCAAUUCUUUGGAUUAAAGAAUGUGUUUGUUCCACUGAAGAAUUACACAGUCAUUGUAAGUGGACUCAGACCAGCUACAACGUAUAAUAUCACAACUGUGUGCAAAAACGUUGAAACCAAAUUCAGUGUGGCCACAACUCUUUUACAAACUACAAAAUCCAAUAACGGUAAGUCUUUCUAUCUCGAUUUCAUUUUUGAUAGUGAAAUUGAUCUAGAAUUCUCUACCAGUAUCACAUGCUUCUUGACUCAACAAUUCAAAGUGCCAGCCAGACUCAUUCGUAACUCAAUCAACACUUGGUGUUCCUUACAAAGAAGACGUCUGUUGAGUACAACAAGUAGUAAUACUUAUAAUGAGAAGAAUGUGAGGAUGUAUGUCAGCUUAAUCGACUUUGAAUUACAAGACACUGUCACUGCCUCCUUACUUACCAAAGGAAUCAACAAGACUUAGUUUAUAUCAGAUUUAUACGAUCAAGUCGCUGGAUUGCCUAAUUUAGUUAAAUUGUCUGAUUUAACUGCCCUAUCCACCACGAUCCCUAUAUUUUAAUAUGAAGUCAAUCUCAACGUCAGCACAAACUCAAUCUUACUGUAUAACAUCUCCUUGGACUAAGAGGGCUUUGUCUACUAUGCCCACCUUCUACGAUUUGAGACAAGGCAAUGCCCUAAGAAAACCAGAAAAUUCGACGUAUUAUGA